AUGGGAAAGCUUGCCAUCUUCCUGUGGAACUGGAGCAUAAAGCUUAUUGGGCUUUUGAAGAUGUUGAACUUUGAUCCUCUCAGUACUGGUGAGAAGAGGAAGUUGGAGCUGCAUGCUCUUGAUGAACUGAGGCUCCAAGCCUUUGAAUCAUCCAAGAUAUACAAGGAGAAAGUCAAAAGCUAUCAUGACAGGAAAAUUCUCAAGAGAGAGUUCGGGGCAGGCCAGUCGGUGCUAUUGUUCAAUUCCAGGCUCAAGCUCUUCCUUGGAAAACUGCGACCAAAGUGGUCUGGCCCUUUCAGAGUCAAGGAGGUGAAACCCUAUGGUGCCAUAGAAAUUGAAGAUCCUGAGGCGCAAAGAAGCUGGGUUGUGAAUGGACAGCGGUUGAAACCUUACUUGGGUGGAGAAGUCGAAAGACUUUGCUGUAUUCUUUCUUUCAGAGACCCUUGA